AUGAAGCUUGCCUUGGAGAGGGGGUUCUAUUUUCCGAGCUGCGAGAUAUACAGCGACUCCCAGGCGGGGUUCUGGGAGUACGGCCCCACCGGCCUGAGCCUAAAGAACAAGUUCCUUGAGCUGUGGCGGAGGGAGCUGGUGAGGCGCGACCAGAUGAUCGAGAUAGACGGCUCCCAGAUCAUGUCGCGGUCCGUCUUUGAGGCGUCAGGGCACCUGGAGAGCUUUGCGGAUCCCAUAGUCAAGUGCACCGGGUGCGGGGCCACCUUCAGGGCGGACAGGAUGAUCUCCGAGGCCGGAGGGCUGGAGAUUCCGGAGAACGCCGGGCUGGAGGAGUUCGAUCAGGCCAUACUGCAAAACGGCAUCAGGUGCGCCAAGUGCGGCCACGAUCUUGGGCCCGCCAGAAGGUUCAACAUGAUGUUUCGGGUGGGCAUAGGCCCAGACGGCGAGGAGGCAUACCUGAGGCCGGAGACAUGCCAGUCGAUCUUUGUCGACUUUCCCAGGAUCUUCAAGACCAUGCGGGGCAGGCUUCCGUUGGGGAUAGCCCAGGCCGGCAAGAGCUUCAGAAACGAGAUCUCCCCGCGGCAGAGCCUCCUCAGGCUGAGGGAGUUCUACCAGGCAGAGAUAGAGGUGUUCUGCAACCCCGCCAACCUGAACGACUUGGAAAAAUUCGCGCGCCUACAGGAUACCGUGAUCCGCAUCCAGACGGGGACAGAGCCAAAGGCCAUGACAUGCCGGGAGGCCGUGCAGUCUGGUGCCGUACCCAGCGAGUUUGUGGCGUACUAUCUUGGAAUGCUGGCAGAGUUCUACCAGAAGACCGGAAUCGACAUGGAGCGGAGCCGCUUCAGAAGGCUGGGCGACAAGGAGAAGGCGUUCUAUGCGGAGGCGGCCUUUGACUUUGAGGUGGAGACCACGACUGGGUGGCUGGAGCUUGUCGCCUGCAACUACAGGUCCGACUACGAUCUGGGCUGCCAUGCCAGAAAGAGCAAAGAAAAGUUCGAGGUGAUGGACGGCGACCAGAAGGUGCUGCCGCAUGUAUUUGAGAUAUCCAUGGGAAUCGACCGCAGCCUGUACACGAUUCUGGAGCACAGCCUGAGGGACGACAGGGAGAACGAGAGGACGGUCCUGUCCAUAGUGCCGUACCUGGCGCCUGUCCACGUGGGGGUUCUGUCGCUGGUAAAGAAGGGGGGGCUUCGGGAGAAGACCGACGAGGUGUUUGACUCCCUGAAGACAAAGGUCGACGCCUUUCUGGAUCACUCGGGCGCCAUAGGGAGAAGGUACAGGAGACUGGACGAGAUCGGCGUCCCAUACGCGCUGACGGUGGACCACCAGACGCUGGAGGACGGCACCGUCACCAUAAGGGAGCGCGACUCGAUGGAGCAGAGGCGGAUACGGCUUGCCGAUGUCACAGGCGAGAUCACGGGCCUGGUCUCCUUUCCCUAG